AUGAGUCCUAAGAGCGAGGGUAAGCAUGACGAAAUACCCAAGCCUAAUGACGAAUGUAAAAACGUACCCAAUAACACGAAUGUGCAUGUGACUACUCCUAAUAGUAACUUGCAUGCUGGAACUGGUAGCCUGGUUGCCUUGCAGACUGCACGUGGCGUUUUAAGGGGGGAAAGGGUGGUUAAGGUGCGGGUCCUCUUUGACGCGGGAAGUCAUCGUUCCUUUGUUACUUCCAAAGCAGCUGGUCUCGCGAAUCCCAGGGGUAUAAGAAGGGAAUUGUUAGGAAUUAAUACGUUCGGUCAAAAAUGCGUAAAAGCCGAGCACAGGGAAGUGGUUGAAUUAAAGCUUGAACCUCUUAACGGAAAUAAGGUUAUCACACUGGAAGCAUUUGUAGUGCCGGAAAUAUGUAGCAUAGGAAAUAGCCAUGUAGAGAUAGCGCGGAGGGAGUAUAAACAUCUGGAAGGUAUAUGGUUUUCAGAUGUUUCUAAGUCAGAAGAUGAGUUAGAAGUAGAUGUUCUGAUAGGGGCAGACUACCUUUGGAGCUUUCAGACAGGGACAACCAAGAGAGGUAAAUCAGGAGAACCUGUUGCUAUAGAAACAGAAUUAGGGUGGGUUUUAUCAGGACCGCUGAGAGUACAAGACAUUGAGAGAGCGGAGCCAGUCCAAGUGAAUUUUGUAGCACAGAGAUUGAGUAGUGAAGACAGUUUGGAGAGUAAUGUGCAAAAAUUAUGGAGUUUUGAAGGGUUAGGCAUUAGUGAGGAAGAUAAGGUACAUGAAGAGUUUUUAGAUGAAAUAUCAUUUACAGGAAGUAGAUAUUCAGUCAAACUGCCCUGGAAGGAGAGCCAUAAGAAGUUGCCUGACAACUAUGCAAAUAGCUUAAGUAGAAUGAAGGGUCAGCUGCGACGACUGAGGAAAGAGCCAGCAUUGUUAGCAGAGUAUGAUUCUAUCAUCAGAGACCAGGUAGAGCGAGGGAUAGUGGAGCCAGUAUCUGCAUUAGAGAAGGUUGAAAGGGUUCAUUAUUUACCACACCAGGCAGUAAUUCGCAGGGAGGCAGUGACCACUAAACUCCGGAUCGUCUAUGACGCAUCAUCCAAGGAAGGUAAGUCUGGGACAUCGCUUAACGACUGCCUACAUGUUGGGCCUUCUCUCAAUCCAUUAUUAUACAGCAUAUUAAUACGGUUCAGAGAAAAUAGGAUUGCUUUAGUUGGUGACAUAGAAAAGGCAUUUUUGAAUGUUGAAGUAGAUAAGGCGGAUAGAGAUUGUUUGAGAUUUUUGUGGGUCAAUGAUAUAGAAAGUGAUAAGUUGGAGAUAGUUGUUUAUAGGUUUUGUAGAGUAGUUUUUGGAGUGAAUGCAUCACCAUUUCUACUGAAUGCAACCUUAAGGCAUCAUUUAACAAAGUAUAACGAAAUCGAUGCUGCAUUUGUAAGAAAGUUGCAGGAAAGUUUUUACGUUGACGACCUGGUCAGUGGUGAGAGUACGGUAGAGAAGACCUUUGAACUUUAUGAUAAGGCUAAGACAAGAAUGGCACAAGGGGGUUUUAGAUUAAGGAAGUGGUUGACCAACAGUGAGGUGUUAAGGAGUAAACUAGAGAUUCACGAAAAAGAUCAGGGUUCGUCAGAACAAAGCAUCAAUGAUCAGGAAACAUAUGCUAGGUUAUCUUUGGAGCAGUAG